AUGGUUUGUUGUAGAUAACUCACUCAUCUUUUAUAUAUAUAWAAACAAAAGUUAGAUUAAGUUCAUUCAUUGUUUGUAGUUAAUAAUAUUUGAAAUAAGAAAUAAUUAUCAAGGAUUAAGAGAAAAUGGCUAAAGAACGUGUCAAUGGUCGUUAUUUGUCACAAAAAAUUGGAGAAGAUGUUAUUUUACUUGGAACCAUAUCUCGUAAAAGUUCAAAUGGAAAAAGUAUUGAACUUUUAACAACAGAUAGUAUGAAAGUUAAUGUAACAUUUGAUCAACCACUCAGUGGUAAUGACGAAGGCUACAUAGAAGUACAUGGAGUUGCACAAUCAAAAGGUACCAUAUCGUGCAAAAAUUAUAUUCUCUUCCCUCCUAAUCUAACAUGCAAUUUCCAAGCAAAUCAAUACAAUGAUCUUUGUUCUGUGUUACAUUUAGUAGGAAGUAAAAAGUGGUCCUUGUCUACGGAUUAUGGGCUUUAAAUAUAUUGGUCAAACUGAAUAAUAAAUGAAAAAGAAGAUGCAUCCAAAGAGAAACAUCGACACGUACAAGACGUUACUGGACACUCAGAAUGUUGUCUGCAAUAUUUCAAUUUACUUGUAAUAUUAAACAUUGAACAUAAAAGAUGUUUUCCUUAU